AUGAAGCCGCGAUUAAGGCAUUUCCUCCUUGGUUGUGCGUUAUUUUUAAUUCUAGGUGAAAUCUCUGCUAGGCCGAGGGAGGAGCGAUCUCCUAAUUUAAGAAAGGCGAAGACAAAGACUCAACAAUAUGGAGACAAAAAGAAACAAACAAAACCAUCAUUACGCUACACUUCAAAAGAUCAACAACAUGGCGUUCGACGUACCAGUAGGAGGUUGAAGAAACCGCCAUCGUUUUCACCCAUGAAAGAUUACAACAAAGAACGCAAAAGACAGUAUAUAAUGCAUCCAUUGCACCCAUAUGUUCAUCCAUAUAUGUUUAUGCGCCCUCCACCGAUGACCCAAAGAACCAUUGUGACAACGCGCAUUCCACGGCCUCCAAUGGCGGUACCAUAUAAUCCGUUUUUUCCGCGCAGUUUUUUCGGUGGAAUGCACCAUCAUGGCUCGCCAUUUUCGUUUUAUGACCCAAUGAAAAUGUAUGGAGAUGAAAUAGACGAAGACGAGGAAGGUUAGAUUAUAUAUUUAUUGUUUUCAUCUGAUUUUUUGGUCGAUUUCGCUUGACAAGUUAUGAAUUGAGUAACCUGCUCAAGGUGACCGUUGAAAUUGUUCUAAUUCGCUCAUCGAUGGCCGACAAGUUCCGCUGAGGGAAAGCGAUACACAGAAAAGGAAAAAAGGUCAAUGAACUAGCGCUUAAAUAUAAGGAGAGCCAUAAAAAAAAAAGUCGACUCAGCCUUUGAUGUCUUGGUAAAGAGCCAUGAUAGGCUGUCUUCUUCCUUGGUGGCAGCAAAUCAAAUGGCUUUAUUUAUUGCUAUUAAGCGAUUCAAUAGCUACUUAAUGUUGUUUACAUAAACUAGGGAAAAUAUAUUUUAAUACGCAAUGAAAGUAACUUCCAGACACCUAAAGGAUCCUUUGCUGCCAGGGUUAUGUUUUUAUUAAAUGAAAUUGAUAGUAAUGGAAAGUUAAUUUUGGUUUUCACGUUUUCAUAGCACUGGGAAACGAAUUUAGAAAAGUAUUGCAAAUUAUAAAGUCUGAUUUGAUGAAAAUUUUUUAAAACUCCCAGAAUAAAAUCGUUUCUGCCCCUGCCCUAAAGCCACAAAAAUAAACUCGUUAACAAAUUUUUCGUAUUUAGUUAUCUCUGCACCAAGAUGUAAAAACAAUUUUUUGAAAAAUGUUACACAAAGGAGUGCAGCUACCACAUUCAAUGGCGUUUAGGCAGGAGCUUAAAUGAAUUGCCUCCGGCCUCGAACCACGAAUAAUUACAUUAACUUCUAUGCCUGGUAUGAACCAAUUAUCAGUGGCAAAACAGAUUGACUUUCAUUACCUGACGCAAAUUCGUCCCUUCGGCAGAGCGUCAUUGCAGUCCCAAUCCAUGCCAAAACGGAGCAACUUGUAAUGAAGUCAAAGAUGGAUAUGAAUGCAUGUGCGCACCUGGAUACAAGGGAACUGAUUGUGAUGGUAUGUAUAUUUCCCGAGGGGAGGGUGCUCCCCAUAUGGUCCAAGUUUACAAAGGUUAAAAGAUUGUUUAUCCAGCUAGUUUUCAGGCCCUCCACUCAGAUAAUUAGAAACAAAUAAUUCAGGUAGGACGUGACAGGAUUAAAAACCUCAACUGGCAGGAGGAAACUAGUUGGCUAUUUACAAUCGUGGCCAAGGAUUUGAACUCGGGACAACCGAGAACAAAUCCAGAAAGUUGCUGGAGCGGGACUCGAACCGGGGAACGCCGGAUAGCAAGUCCGACGCGCUUACCACCAUGCCACGUUGCCUCCUCUUGCCUCCAAUAUGAACAAAAUAGGAUUGUGCCGUUCCAAAAGGUGUGGCUUUAAAGUUGUUUUGUUCUGAAAACGGGUUCAUAUUUUGCUCAUUAUCUGUGUCUGAAAUUGGGCAUGGUUUUCAAGGGAACCAGGAAAGCAUAUCAACGUAUUUGAUUGCAUAAUUAGCUCCACAAGCAAAACCUCCAUUUAAAGAAGUCGUUAUUUCACUUGAACUUGAUGACGAAUAUUAGAUAAUUCACAUUUUUCCCCAAGUUCAACUACAUAACUUAAUAUUUUCUAAUUCAAGCUUUAAAGGAAAAUUCGUUCGCAAAGGGGAGAAUGCACACUCCACCAGGGAGCUGGAGAGCUUUAUUUCUUUACUGAUGAAAUAUAAUCAGACUGACUUACCUAUAUGCUUUAUGUCUUUCCUUAAUAGUUGUGGAAGGGAUUUUUAUCAAAGCAAAGGUUUCUCCAUUCGAUUUCAGAGUAUGAUUGCUUCAAGCACGUCGGAAACUUGAGUCGUCUCGAGUUUCAGGUGUUAACUAUUAACUCUAUUUAGGAGCUUUGUUAAAUCUUAACCCAACAUGGGACUCGGGAAGUUGAUGUUGACUCUUUAUACGCGCAGAAGCGAUUUUGUUUUAAAUGAAAUCGAGCGGAAAGCUCGUCUUCGCUCUGAUGUAAAUCCCUUCCAACAUAAUCAAAGAAAGACACAAGCAUACAGGUAAAAAAAUUUGAUUUUCUUGCAUUGGAAUGUAUUAACUAUAAAAUAAUUUCGCUCGAACUUAUGAAGUUAUGGACUCUGUAGCGUGCGAAUAUACAGCUGUCUCUCGCUGAGCUCUACUCUGUUGCCGAGUAGCUAUCUUUAAAAUGUCAGUCUUGCCUUCUUUUCACUACGCGAAGGUGAAAAAUUCCUAAGUGAGCAAAUGUUCAAUAUUGACUCGCCAUGCCACUCUUUUUUUCCUCAAGAGGAAAACAAGUGUCACCCUAACCCUUGCCGCAAUGGAGGAAUCUGCACAGAAGCAAAUGGAGCUUACAUCUGCACCUGUAUGGAGGGAUACAAGGGAUCCAAUUGCGAAGGUAUAUCCUGCUUAAGCAUGCAGAACUACUGACACACGAUCUAGCAAUAUAUCUGCUAAGAUCGCCAUGCCUUAAUUUUAUAGUUGUUGCCUAAUCUAAAUUCCAUGCAGUUUGCUCACUGUCACUGUUGGAGGAACGCCCGGGAGGAACGACAGACGUGUGUCUUCAUGAUAACCUCAGAUAACCAAAAAGUAUCGUCUAAUUCACUCAGCUAAAGACGAGGAAACGUCCAAAUUUAGGUAGCACCAUACUGCUGUGCAUAAUCUAGCAAAUUCUCAAAUACCCUCAUUUUUAUUUCUCAAUCACCGUAGAAACCUGUAAUGACACAAAAGGCGAAUAGUUCAAAUUGAGGUUAGUAUUCAGGCCUUUACGAAUAGAACUCUGGACUAGUGGUGGUUCAAGCAAAAUAAAGCUACUUUAGCACUUGUCGGUUGACGUUUGUUGAUAUAUUCAGUUUACGCUUGACGCGCACGCCUGAUUAUUUAUCCAAUGAACAAGUGAUCACAAGUAUCUAAGUCAUGCUCUGAAUGAUCUUUUCACAUAACAGAGAAAAACAAAUGCCAGCCUAACCCGUGCAGAAAUGGAGGAACGUGCACUGAAAUGGAUGAUGGGUUUGAGUGUUCCUGUCCAAGCGAAUACAAAGGACCGACGUGUGAAAGUAAGUACUACGAUAUCAAGGUAAGAGAUCAAACCAGUUAUAACUGUUUCUGGUUUUGCCUAUCUUCGGUCACUGUGAACGUCUCACAGUUGAAAAGGAAGUAACAUGAUCCAUUAGUCACUUCGUCCAACCAGUCAGAUUAGCCAUGCAGAGAUCAUGUCCACCUCUUUAGAGUAGCGUAACCAUCCUGACCCGAGGAAAGAAGCACGAGCAAGCAAGGAAGCAAUGAAAGUGUAACGCACCUAUAUGCCUCUGUAUACCCGACCUGGCGUGUAACUGGAGUGUCGCAUUGUGGGACUUCAAUCACGGACUUGUAAUUCCUUUAUAGAAAAGGACCAGAGAGCUAUAAAAAAUUAUUAACAAAUGCAAAAUACUUGCCUGAAACUAGUACAUCACUAGUAGUGAGCGUUCGUUCCUGAGCUGUUCAUUUACUUUAUUUGUACUUUUUUUAGUGGAGAACCUUUGCUUCAUGAACCCUUGUCUUAAUGGAGGAACAUGUAUGGAGUUACUUGGAUCACACAGUUGUUUGUGCGCUGAGGGUUUUAGUGGAGCUGCUUGUGAGAGUAAGCGUUUUUUCUAUCAUUAUGGGGAACUUUGGAUUCUAAGACGAGGAUUUUCCUAGUAAUACUAAUAUUUAGUGCGCACGCGUGAAUCAGCAUUACUUUGGUAGGAAAAAUUGAUAACAAGUUAUCAAAUGUUAGGAGUUAUUUAUUAUGGUGGAUCAAUAGAAAUAACCAUAUUAACGUUUCUGUUGAAAGAUAAGUAAUUUAAGUAAUUUAUUGUGAAAAUACCACGCGAAAUAAACUUUCAGUCAAACCUCGUCCUUGUUGUUCGUCAUCGUAUAUGACAAUGAUGCUGUAUUGUAACCAUUCUCCUGAGAUGUCGUGCCCCCCGUAAGAGGCGACCCAAAAUUCCAAGCUUUUCAUCAUCGCUUACCAAGGGUGGUUGCUUUCGAGCCUUACUCCAGCUAUAAGUGCUCUGACUGGAAAAACUAAUUUAAUCGCUUAUCUCAGUUGUUGUUCUGAGUUAGAGAAUUAAUUUCACAUCCUAACGAAAGGCAAAUUAUGUAGUAUGCAGAAAAUCUCUUAACUGCUAUUUUUUAUUAAGUUAAUAAUUUUUCUUUUUUUAAGUUGAAAGUAAAUGCCGCAGCAAUCCUUGUAGAAAUGGCGGAACUUGUUAUGAUAAUCACAACUCCUACACAUGUUCUUGUUUGGCGGGGUUCUCAGGAAUCAAUUGCGAAAGUAAGUACAGAAGAGAGAUUUCCCUUGAUACGUGUCAGAUUACUGCAUUCUUCAUUCAUUCGCAAACCUCAAUGGCGGAAAUCAAGCAUGAACAACCUUGAAUCAUGCUAAACAGAGCGAAAGAAAAUUGAUGAUAAGUAGCUAACUUACCAGUAGCUUUCAUUUGAAUGCUCACAAUAUAACUCACUGGUAAGAUUUAGAACCACUUUGCAGAGCAGAACAAAAGUACCUCUAAAACUUCCUGCUCCAUGACCAUUAUUUCACUAACUGCUAUGCCGAAAAACCCGCCUUUACGUGUUAAUCAAAAAAACACUACACGAGAAAGUGCCUCUCAUUCAGCCUCGCACUUUCAUACCAUGAGAAAAAAAUUAUUUGAAUGGUAGAUCCAUGUUGAGGCAUCCUUUUCAGAUAAUUCAUUGAACCAUACAUAGUAAAUUCACCACAAAUUCACUACCGGUAAUUUCCUUCAGCUAUACUUUUCAUCACGUGGGAUGUCACGUGACCAUGAUUAUAGUUUAGGCCACAAGACCGCAAGAUCUCCAUUUCGAAAAAAAUCUCUGUCCGUUUGAUUCUUAGCGACCGCUAUUGCCGAUUAAUCCUAUUUUCCGAACACACUUUUGAAAAGGCCUAAACCCUUUUUUAAAGUUAAGAAUGGAUAGACUCAAGAGAGAAUGAUCAUUCUCUCUUGACUCAAGAGAGAAUGAGAUAGAUCUUUCUCUCUUGUUACACUGCAGAGAAUUGAACAUAUUUCUUGUAUUUUCGUUGCAGCGAUGGUAUCCGUUUGUGACUCUAACCCUUGCCUCAAUACUGGUACUUGCUUAAAUCAGGGACCAAACAUGUAUAAAUGUGUUUGUGCACAUGGCUUCAGAGGAAAAAAUUGCGAAAGUAAGUAAUCAAGAGUAGUGCUGUCCUCACGAAGAAAACUUUUGGGAUUAAAUUAAAUCAAGAUAGAACAUUGCAAGACAAGAGACAGCACUACAGCUUGAUGAUAAGGGACUGGGGCUGGUUUGAGUUUGGAUUCGAGUCCAUCCAUCUUUUGUCUGAACAACGGCUUUGUAACCGAAUACUGUCAAAAAACGAUGACAUUAUUACAUCGUAGUUAGACUAUAGCAACCUCGAUGGGUCUCCCCUGGAUGAUAUUAUGUCGCAAACUAAAGCAAAAAAAGAGUUGUGUUUUGCAGAAGUAAAUGAAGGUCGAAGUUAAGGACAAAGUAGGAAAUGCGAUGGCUAACCACCACAAAACAACAAUAGCUCCUACCUAAAACUGAAACAAUUUUGAUUUUUUGUUUGUUUUGUUUUUUGCCCAUGUAGUGGAGAAAAAAUGCGAGCCUAACCCGUGUCAGAACAGUGGAAUAUGUCGAGAACUGAUAGAGGACGAGGAUUACAAAUGCGAAUGUUUACAUGGGUACAGAGGCAAAGAUUGUGAAGGUUUGUCUAUUAUACCUCCACUUGUUUUAACUUCCUAAGUCUUCUGAAGCAGCAAGUUAGCUUCCAGCGAUGCUAAAUAAGAGUAGAAAAAAAUUCAGUCUAUCAGUUUUCCUUGGCUACCAAUUCGAGGAAAAUCUUGCCAAUGAUUUAUGGAUGAAAUUACUAAAAUUAUACAACAAUUACUUCAGGAACUUCAAGGCUAGAAAUUUUCAGGUACAAAUAGUUUUCCAACUCCCCAUGGCCAACCCGUCUCGAACUGUUGUAAUUUCCGGGUUUUUUUAUCAGUAUAAACUAAGGCAAAAAUCUCUCUUGAUCUUAGGGCCGUAGCAUUUUGUUUUCAAGAAAUUAUAUGUGAAAGACGUUUUUCAUCUAUCCCUUAUUCACCUCUUUGUCCCUAUCUUUGUCAUUUGUUGUUUUCUGUUCGUUUUUUGUUUGUUUUUUUAUUUACCUUCGAAUUUUUUUCAGCCACGCACAUGCGUACUGCCCUACUGGUAGCUAUGCCCCUAAACAUCAAUUAGAUUUUGGCUUGAAUUUUAAUUUUAAUAGCUCUAAUUUUACGAAUUUAUGAAUUUUCUGUUUAGAGGAGAUAAACAUGUGUGAGUCAAAUCCUUGUACAAACGGUGGAACAUGUACAACCAUGACAAGUUCAUACCGUUGUCUAUGUGUCGAAGGCUUUCGGGGAAUUAAUUGCCAAGGUGCGUUUCACACACUAUUUUCUUAAAAUAAAUGAAGUUGUAUGACCUUUAUCUUCCUCUUAACUUCCAGUGUUGGUUGAUUGACAAAAUUUUACCCACAUUAUUGAUAGAUACUUUUUUUAUUUAAAGGAAUGGCUGGUUAAUUGAGUUAGUUCUUUCACUGACUGACCGAUCGAUGAUAACGAUUGAUUAAUUGAUUGAUUGAUUCAUUAAUUCACUUUAUUGACGCUUAGCAACUCACUUGAUAAAUAAUAAAUUUCUACUGCGUUUAUUAAGUUAUUUUCGUAACUGAUUGCUUGCUUAACAUUGACCUUAUAAUAGAACAAGACAGAUGUCACUCGCUUCCAUGUCAAAAUGGAGGAACUUGCAUCCAAGAGAUCACUGGAACGUACAAAUGUCAAUGUCAAGAAGGAUUCAGAGGAUUUAACUGUGAAGGUAAAAAUCACAUUCUCAACAAUAAAAUCCAAAGAUAUUUUGCAUAUUAGAUCCUCAUCACUAUAAAAUUCAUGUGCUAAUUUCUAUUUUGAGUAUUUCCUAGAAUUCUUAAUCAUUUACAAACGCUAUAGCAAACACGAGGACAAGUGUUUCAAUAGUUUUUUCACACACCUCAAAUACUUGUUCAAUCCGAAGUAAUCUCCCAAACAUUUUUAAACCUGCACGCAAUGUUGAACAAGACUAAGCAAAAACAACUUUUCCUGUAACGACCAAUUGAUCAAGGGCAUGAACGAAUGAACAACCACAGCGUGUGUAAAAUUUAGUAGUUGUAUAAUUACUGGUUGAUAUUUUGAAAUUUUUUGCAUCAAUAAUUACUUUCAGAGGAGCUAAAAUGUCAUUCGGGUCCUUGUCAAAAUGGCGGCACGUGUUUUGAAAACAGUGGUGGAUACACAUGUACUUGCCCGCCUGGGUUCAAGGGACUCAACUGCGCAGGUCAGUUAACUAAAUCAAAAGAAAUAUAAUUAUAGUGAACAAUAAUGAUAGUAGGCUGACUAUGAUAUGAAAUAUUAUGCAGUUCGUAGAGGAGUGCUUUCCGCUGACCUAUUAAAGGCAAAUUUGUAGUUAUACGACCUGUUUUAAACGACUUAUCACUGACUAUAGCUUGGCACUAAAACUGCAGAACUUUUAGUAAUGUUACAGGCUUCCAUAAGUAAGAGGUUAGAACGAUCACAUGACUUGCAAGGUUCUCGAUAAACAGCACAGUACGUAUUCAAGUAACCCAGGUAAUUCAGUUAAGACACAUAAGACCAUUUCAUAAUGGCUCUACUGAACUUAUCCCAGGGGGGGGAAACAGAAAUUCAAAAAGGGGCCAUUAAAUUCUGGUGAGAGCGCGGACCACUCAGCCAACCCCUAGAUCCACCGAUGUAUCAACUGACUCCUAUUCUGAUGUCCCUUUAGAGAAGGACAGCUGUCACCCUAAUCCGUGUCAUCAUGGCGGAGUGUGUGAAAUAGAUGGUGACGACUACACAUGUUCAUGCACUUCCGGCUGGACAGGUCUCACGUGUGAAGGUACAAAAUAAAGUUCAUCAAUUAAGGCUGCGUUCCUUUGUGAUGAUCCGGAUCAGAAUCAGUGAUCCGAGAUCAUUCGGAUCAUGGUAGAUCAAAUGAACCGAUGAAUCCUUGUCCAGAGUGGAUUCAUCGGUUCAUUUGAUCUACCAUGAUCCGAGUAAUCCGAGAUCACUGAUCCUGAUCCGGAUCAUCCCAAAGAAACGCACCCUUCAGUUGCCUUUCUGCCGAAUCUUUUUUUUUUGCGUAAACUUAAUUACGGGCAGCAAUCACAUAAUGAGAAUGUUGGUAGAUUAUCUUACGAAUCCAGGUAUGAGCAAAGGGGUCCGCCCGAUAAACUAUACUUAUCAUUUUAAUUUUGAAGUGACAAAUUUACACGACUGGUAACUGGGAAAUAAAGGAAAAUCGCAUAAGAAUUUUGCUUUCUCUCCGUCAGGGUGUCGGGAACACAGAACAUAAGACGUUCAGGCUACUUGUUAGGUUCUUUUCUCGCGACAUUCGCUUGUUUACAUACGUCUACUCGGAUUCGGGACUGUUCAUUUUAAAAUUGCGUUUUGAGACUGGGUCGUAGUUUUGAUUAAUUGCACAGCACUAUAAGGCUGUGUUGGUACACUGUCGCUAUCAAAGGUUGUGCAGGAGACUGGAUCAAAAUUCACGCCCCAAAACAGUACCAUAGUGCAGUUCGAAACAGCACUGACCCAGUCCCAAGGGCAACCAAUGAAAGUGGAUUGUCUAGAUACAGGCUCCUUGCUUGGGUCCUCACUUUCAAGGCUCUGCAACCAGUUUGAUUUUCAAGACAAUUCGUUUCUUCUCAUCAUCCAUUCUUUGCUGGAAAUCCUUCUCUGCUCUGAUUGACUACAGUAUUUUUCGAACCAAACACGCUGUGCAUGAUCACCAGCCAGGCAUUCCCGGGGGUGGCGGUCCUCCCAGAUAAAUGUGAAGUGGAUACUCGUUGUUUCUCUUAGGUUAUAAAGUGUAGAUUUCGGUCUCACCUAAGAAUCACCAGAUGGAAAUCCAAUAUUUCUACCGGCAUAAACUAAACGCAUCUCUUGGUAUAGGUUUGUGCGGCGAGAAAUUUCUAUAUGAAAAACAAACGCCGUCAUGCUGUGAAAGAGUAUAGUCUCCAUUAGGGACAAAUAAGUCUGAACCACUCCCACAUGCCAUAUUGGACUCUUUUUGAGGUUUAAUUCUGAUUUUCGAUUAACAUCCUUGUCUCUUUUAUAAAGGAGUGCUCCCGGGAAGGCAUCAUAUAGGAGAUUAUCUGAAUGUCUUAUAUACGCAUUAAAUAUUUCAUGACUUUAUUUCGUUUUAGAUGAGGAUCAUUGUCAUCCGAGCCCGUGUGUAAAUGGAGGAGUUUGUAUCGCCAAAGGUUCCUCUUAUGAAUGUCACUGCCCAAUACAUUGGGCUGGAAUAAACUGUGAAAGUAAGAGUUAACAUGUUAUAGAGUAAGAAGCUAGGAUUGCUAGCAUAGUAACUCUCGUUCUUCACGCUACACUGAAUAUCUUUUUUGUAAUCGAUCUCUAUUAGAGAAUGAGUAAAUAGAAAUUCCAAGAGAGCAAAUCGAAACAGGUCUGAAGCGCGCACCCAAAGCGCAUCCGUAUGACUCGACUGUUUAAAAUUUAUUAGCAUCAUUAUUUAACCCUUCUAGCUUUAUUAAGACAACAAUGAAAAGAUCUGUAAGGAGAGAUUGCUUUUGGAUCUUCGUUUUAUUAUUUUAUUUUGCAGCACCCACUACACUGGCUUAUGCUGUAGCCAACACAUGCGCAGCAACAACUUACGGCUGCUGUCCUGAUGGCAAAACACCCGCAGCAGGUCCUCAUCAGUCAGGCUGUCCCGGUAAGGAAUGGAGCGAG